AUGCUCACCUCACAAAGUUGGUUAGGCGGCUUAGAACAUAAUACGAAGGAAAUGGACCCUGCCUUCAAAUUUGAACAAACAGUUAUUGCCCGAAAUAAGUAUCUAUUAGAAACUGCAGAACGAGAAAACUCCCCAAUCCAGCGAUUCUAUAGAGAUCGAGUUGUAUUUGUGACUGGUGGGACGGGCUUUAUUGGAAAACUACUCAUUGAAAAAUUGUUUCGAACAUGCGCAAUCAAGAAAAUGUUAAUAAUGAUUCGAUCAAAGAAAGAUUCCUCGCAUCAUCAGAGACUUAAGAAAAUAUUUGAAGAUCCCGUAUUCGAUGAGUUGCGUAAAAUAAAACCAAAUUUUGAGGAUAAAAUAGUAGCUGUUGAGGGAGAUAUUAGUGACAUAAGAUUUGGUAUUGAUGUAAAAGUCUGGGAUACAAUAAUCGAAGAAGUGGAUAUCAUAUUUCACAUGGCAGCUGUAGUGAGAUUCGAUGGGCAAUUGAAGACAACGAUUUUAUCUAACGUGGGUGGUACAAAAGAAGCUCUGCGUUUAGGAAAAGCUUGCAAAAAGCUUCGUUCUCUUGUUUACGUCUCCACAGCUUAUUCUCAUGCAACUCGAAGCCGAAUCGGUACAAAGAUUUCGGAAGAAUUUGAAAAGUGUCCUGCAUCACCUGAUAUUCUUAUUCAGCUUGUUGAAACUCUUAAUGAUGAGAAGCUGAAACUCUUGACACCAUCGUUAAUUGAAGACUGGCCUAAUACUUAUUAUUUUUCUAAAGCGGCCGCAGAAGAAGUUAUACGCACCAUGGCUGAUGAUUUACCAGUUUCCAUAGUAAAACCAGCUAUAGUAACCUCUUGUCAUCGUGAACCUGCGCCAGGAUGGAUUGACAUGAACUACGCGUAUGGCCCGAGUGGGUUACUUAUAGCAGCAGGAUUAGGCCUUCUACACGUGUUCUAUGCUGAUGUAAACGUGAAAGUGAAUAUCGUACCAGCUGACAUGGUAACGAAUGCAGUAGUAGCUGCUGGUUGGCAAUCAGCAAGAAGACAUGCGGCUGGUGAUAAAGAAACUAGAAUCUAUACUGUCAGUAAUAUCAGAAAUCCAGUUAAAUGGGGUAAGCGAAUAAAUGGAAUUAAUACUUUAAUUUAG